AUGUCGAACCGGAAGCGAAAGGCUUCCGAAGAGCCAGACAAUGACCGCAUGUCCACCUCUCCUACCGCUUCGCCUUCUAUGGCCGGCCGCCAUCUACCUACCUCCGCGCACCGAAACAUCAAGCGAACUCGCAUCAGCACCCUCUCAUCAGGCAGACCCCUCGCUUUGCCACGCUUGCUCGAAACCCUGUCCGCGGAAGAGAUGAGGCAGCUACUGCAGAAUGUGUGUGACCAACACCCUGAACUCCAGCGAGAGAUUGUCACACAAGCACCGCGGCCAUCCAUCGAGUCUACCUUGUCCGUAUUGGCCAAGUAUGAGAAAGCUUUCGAGGAAGCUUUCCCACUUGGUAACCGCCCCACCUCAGACUACGCGUACAACCGAGUACGACAGCACCUUCGCCAAUUCAUCGACGCUGUACGAGAAUACACACCUCAUUUCCUUCCACCACACGAGACUCAGGACGGUCUAUCUCUCACCUACCUCGAUUCCGUCACCAACAUGAUUCACCGGCUACCCGACUGGGACACCCUCCAGCACCAGCGGUACAAGAACGAGGCAUACGAUGAGAUUGCAAAAGCAUGGGGUCUGGUGAUUCGAGAGGCAGCUAAGAGAGCGGGAGGCUUCCAUCUACAGUUUGGUGGAUGGGAUCAGAAGCUGGUGGAGCAUAACGAGAAGAGCAGGGGCAAGAUGGAGGAAGCCGUAAACGAGCUCAAGACGGCUCUGGGAUUCAUCCAGGGAGGAACAGGUCAGGCACCAGCAGGUGUAUCAGAAGAGCGGGCGAGUAUACGGCAGCAGCUCUUCUCAGGAUCGUACGGGCAGCCGCAGCUAGGAGUUGGACCGGGCGGAUGGUAG